AUGAAUUUCCGUAAUCUGAUAGCUUCCGGUUCUCGUCUCGGUAAGAGAUUCUGUGCAACGGUCUUCUCUCGGGCGACGCCUUCCGGCGUCGAAGCCUCUGUUUCGAUUCCGGCAACGACGGCGGCGACGGAUGGCGUCGGAUCCUCUGUUUCUCCUCCGACGGCGGCGUCAAGGCAGAGAGAGAUGUUCAAGAAACUUUCGACGCUUAGUGUGACCGGAGAAACAGUGGCACAAACGUUGAAUCAGUUCAUCAUGGAGGGUAUUCCCGUCAGAAAAUUCGAUCUCUUUCGUUGCGCUAAGGAUCUUCGUAAAUUCCGUCGUCAUCAACACGCCCUUGAGAUCUUUGAUUGGAUAGAGAUGAGGAAAAUGGGAUUUUCUGUCUCCGAUCACGCGAUUCGUUUGGAUCUAAUCGCAAAAACAAAAGGAUUAGAAGCAGCUGAAAGGUACUUUCACAGCUUAGAUCCAUCUACAAAGAAUCAUCAGUCUACUUACGGGUCACUCAUGAACUGUUACUGUGUGGAACUCAAAGAAGAGAAAGCAAAAGCUCAUUUUGAGAAAAUGGAUGAGCUCAAAUUUGUUAACAAUACGUUACCUUUCAAUAACAUGAUGUCGAUGUACAUGCGGUUAGGUCAGCCCGAGAAAGUACCUGAGCUCGUUGACGCAAUGAAACAGAAGGGUAUAUCUCCUUGUUGGAUUACUUACUCUAUAUGGAUGCAGAGUUGUGGAAGUUUGAACGACUUAGAUGGAUUAGAGAAGAUUAUAGUUGAAAUGGGCAAAGACAGUGAAGCUACGACCAAUUGGAACACUUACUCUAAUCUAGCAGCAGUCUUCACUAAAGCUGGUCUUUACGAGAAAGCAGAAUCGGCGUUGAAAUCUAUGGAGGAGAAAAUGAAUCCUAAUAACCGCGAUGCUCACCAUUUUCUCAUUAGCUUGUACGCUGGAAUUUCGAAAGCGUCCGAGGUUUAUAGGGCUUGGGAAUCGCUAAACAAGGCUCGUCCUGAGGUCAACAAUAUGAGCUAUCUUGUCAUGAUACAAGCGCUGAGUAAACUUGGCGAUAUAGACGGUUUUAAGAAGAUUUUCACAGAGUGGGAAUCGAAAUGCAGGGCUUACGAUAUGAGGCUGGUUAACUUCGCGAUUAACACGUAUUUAAAAGCGAAUAUGUAUGAAGAAGCAGAGAUGGUUCUUGAUGGUGCUAUAAAAAAGUCCAAAGGACCUUUCUCCAAAGCUAGACAGCUUUUGAUGAUCCAUCUAUUGGAGAAGGGUAAAGUGGAUUUGGUAAUGAAGCAUUUGAAAGCAGCGUUUUCGAAUGCCGAAGAGAUCAAAGACGACUGGAACUGGAGCUCAGAGCUAGUCAGCUUGUUCUUUCUUCACUUUGAGAGAACUAAAGACGUUGAAGGAGCAGAAAACUUCUGCAGGAACUUGUCGAAAUGGAGACCUCUUGAUUCUGAAACUGUGACAUUUCUUAUAAAGAUCUAUGCAGCAGCAGAGAAAACAUGUCCUGAAAUGCGAGAGAGAUUGUCUCAACACCAGAUUGAAGUAAGCGAGGAGAUCCAAGACUUGCUUCAAAAGGUUUGUCCUUGA